AUGGCGGCGAUCACAGAUUUAGGGAAUCUGACGAUUAUUGCGGACUCUUUCUACAUACCAAAGAAAAAGCAGGGAUUCCCCUCCGCCGGAGAGGACGCUCACUUUUUCUCCCAGUCGGCGCAGGUGAUCGGAGUGGCCGACGGCGUCGGCGGGUGUUCAAAGUCCGGCAUCGACUCCGGCGAAUACGCGAGAGAGCUGAUGAAAAACGCCGAGCACUACGUCAGGGACUGCCGCCCCGCCGACGUUGAUCCCAAGAAGGUGCUCGGAAAGGCUUAUACGAACACGGCGGCGAAGGGCUCAUCCACCGCCUGCAUUAUAUCGCUCGCCGGAAACCUACUCACGGCGGCGAACGUCGGCGACAGCGGGUUCAUGGUCGUCCGGGGAGGAAAGAUCUUUUACAGGUCGCCGGUGCAGCAGUACGGGUUCAACUGGCCUUACCAGUUGAAGAAGGCGGCGAAGAACAGGGGGAUGGAGCAGGCGGCGGAGCUGGCGGUGGAGGUGAGGAGCGGCGACGUCGUAAUCGCCGGAACCGAUGGCUUGUUCGACAAUAUGUUCGCCGGAGAGAUAGAGAGGAUUGUGAUGGAGUAUUGCUUGGGUACUUAUGGGAAGCUGCCUCCGUCGGAGAUACUCGCUAUGGCGGCGCUCGGAAAAUCACUCGAUAAAACCACCGUCAGCCCGUUCGAGUUGGCGGCGCGUAAGGCCCGUAAAAAACAUUCCGGCGGGAAAUACGAUGAUAUUACGGUUGUUGUUGCGUACGUUGUACCGGCAGAUAGUUCGUACGACGAAGGCGACGACGAUGAUAAUUUCAUCGUCGAAUUGUUGCGUAAGUUCUUUUGUUUGCAAACAUAAUUUUGUUUAUAUAUUCAAUUCAAUUCAUUUGAUUUUGCUCCUAAUAAUUAAUGGUUUGUAGGAGGAAUUAAUUAGAUCAGUUUUGCUUUAAUGUAUAUAUAUGUUUAU